AUGUUGGCUUUAUCUCCUCCUCUGUUUCCAACAAUUGGAUGGCCCUUGGAAGAUCAUUCCUUAAGUCAAGGCAACAACAACAAUAACUACUUCUCAGCAGAAUCAUCGCUUCUUCAUUUCCCUACAACUCUGCAGCCACAGCUUGAUCACUCCACGCCAUCCACUGCAAUCAGUGACGACUCCAACACAUCUUCAAUGGCGAAGAAGCUUAACCACAACGCUAGCGAGCGUGACCGCCGCAAGAAGAUCAACAACUUGUACUCAUCACUGCGUUCUCUAGUACCCGCUGAUCAUGUGAAAAGAUUAAGUAUUCCAGCCACUGUUUCACGGGUGUUGAAAUACAUUCCAGAGCUCCAGCAGCAAGUGGAGGAACUAAAUCAAAAAAGAGACGAGCUUCUUUCGAAAAUUUCCAAGCAAGGAAAUGUAAUAUUACAAGAGGAAAAGCAACUACAAAGCGCAGCUCGGAGGAGUCGGAGCUCACUAUCUGCUGUUUCAGCAAAUCGUCUUAGUGAUGGUGAAAUUGCCAUUCAAAUAUCCACGGUUAAGUCAACCAACAAUUUCAUAUCACGGAUUUUGCAAAGUUUGGAGGAGGAUGGUCUUGAAAUACUGAAUGCUUCUUCCUUUGAGUCCUCUGGAGGAAGGAUCUUCUAUAAUUUACAUCUGCAGGUAGAUACGUUCUACAGGUUGGAAUGUGAGAAUUUAACCAAGAAGCUCAUGUCCUUCUAUGCAUGAAAAUAAGUAAUUCUGGAGGAGUUCUGUUGAAUUAAUGUGUUACCGCUUCCGCAUUGGUGCUUUAUCUAACCACAGUGCAGUGAAACAAGCACUUAUACAGAGAUGUUCAUCUUCAACAAUACCAACCA